UCCGAUAUCUGUUUUAAUCAGCACUAAUAACGUUCUCUCCGGCAAAGGCUCAAACGGUCCCCGCUUCUGAAUCCCCCGGCUAGAAAAGCCCCGCACCUCACACCGUUCCCCCGCCCCACUUCGAGACGUCAUCGGUCUUGAAGCGAGCGGACAAUAUAUAUAUCCCAUGUUGCGAUCUUCACGGCGCUGUUUGCUGACGCUCAAUACCCAAGCCUUCUUCAUCAUUCCCAACCUUUCGACUCGCAUCAACCGCAACAUCACAAGCCAUGCCCAUCGCCACUCCCACUCCCACUCCCACUCCCACCCCCUCAUCUUCCGCCACAUCCGAACAAACCCUCCACUCCCUCCUUACACUCAACCAUACAUCCCACCACAUCGAAUACAGAGGAUAUCUAUCAAACCAUCUCGUUCAUCAUCUAUCGGCAUUGUACUUUUUGGGUGCGACGAGUGAGAGGUUGAGGGAGGUUUAUGAUUGGCAUACGGAGUUGGAGGGAUGUACGAGGGAGGAGGAAGAGGUGGGGGAGGGGAAUUGGAGGCGGUUUUUGGGGCUGAGGAGGAACUAUGCAGGCCUUCUCGCGCAUUUCACCCGCGAACUCGAUCGACACCCUCUUGACCACGUCCUAGCAACCUACCUCCCCGUUCUGAUCCCGGGCAUGCACGGCUCGGCCCUCCACCCACUCAUUCACCUCGGCUACGCAUGCGAGCUCGAUUCACAACUCAUAUUCGCUGAAGCGCUCGCUUAUUGCACGUUUUCUUACCUCCCCGUCGAAAAGAGGGAUCACAAUACCCUCAAUGGGACGUCGGGGGAUUUGGGGAUUGAAGAGGUGCUGGAACGUGUUAGGACGGAUGAACGGUUGGGUGAGGAAAAGCUGUUUGGGAAGAAGGGAAGGAAUGGGCAGUUUCAGGAGAAGGUGGCGGAUGUUGUUGGGAAGGCCGGGGGUGUGCUUGGGGAGUAUGCGGGGAUGUGGAGGCAAGACCCCGACCCUUCACGAGCACUGAACGACCUCCAGAAAACAGCAACAGCCCUCCUCUCCACCUUCAAAGAGGUCUCCACCACCUCGUCACAUUCAGCUACACCGAAACUCGACUUUUUCCUCCUCCACCUCCUCACAUCCACCCACGCCGUCCUGCAGAUCCUCACGCACCCUGCCCUCAAGUCCCUCCACACCUCUCACCCCAAUCUCGCCACCUCUCUCAUUCACAAUCAGUAUCUGAGCAUCCUUGUGGUUUAUAUCACCCAGGGACGGCCUGUGAUGACACCGGACCGGGUGGCGGACCGAUAUAGGGGUGUGAUACCCCCUGGGGAUGCACAGGGUGUUUGGAAGGGCUUGAGGGUGAGUGCGGUGGGGACGGGGGAUGAGCACGCCACGAAGGCGGUUUGGACGCUGUGGAGGUGGUAUGAGGAAACGAAGAGCGAGAAAGGGGAUGAUGAGGAGGAGAGAAGGGGGUAUCUUUUGGCGGCGAUGGCGGUGAGGGAGAUGGUGAUGGGGCCCGAGAGGGAGGGGAGGGAUAAUUGGGAGUAUCGCGGGGUUGGGUGGUGAGAUUUUCGAGGGGGAGGCGAUGGGGUGUGUUUUUUGUUUUAGUUUUUUGAAAUUUAGGUUUUUUUGGUUUGUCAACGGGAAUCAGAUUUUGCGCAUCUAGGUUGCUUUUUUUUUGGCGUUGGGAGAGCAGUCUCAUACCUGAUCGAUCUGCUUUACGACCGUAACGUCGAGAUCAGACGGAGAUGUGUCUUGUCAGGUGGUAGGGGGGCAACUCUCCAAGUCCAGUGUGACCUUCGUUUCACCCAUUCCUUCAUUCUUACGCACAAGCA